CGACAAAUUUUCGAAAAAAUCCUUAUUCUUCGUCACCCCCAAGACCUCAAAACGCUUUUGUUCUAUUUCGUCGUGAUUUUUCUGCAAAGCUAAAAUUAAAAGAAAUGAAAAUGAACAAUGGGGAUGUCUCUCGUUUAGCAUCCGAAGAAUGGAGUAAGCAGCCGAAAGAAGUUCUUCGUUUCUUUGAAUUUCUCGAGAAUUUAGCGAAAGAUAGGCAUAAAAAGAUAUAUCCGGAUUAUUCAUAUUCGCCGAAAAGAAAAUCAAAAUCGAAAAACGAUACAUGUCGAAAAAAUAAUGAAGUAACAUCGGAAACUUUUUUAUUUAAAAGUAUUAAUGAGGCUGAUCGUAAUUUUUCAGAAUCAUUAAGUUUUAACGCUCAAGGAACUUGCAACGACAUUAAGCUCAAUACCGAUUAUUCUGAUUUUACAACAAAUAAUUCUCUAUCUGAACGGGAAAGAACUUUGGAUUUUUCGGAAUACAUUUAUUUCGAUCCUCAAAAUCACAAUCUUGAAAAAAAGUAUCUCGAAUAUAAUAAUCCCAAAUGUAAUAAUUCCGAAUAUAAUAAUUCCGAAUGUAAUAAUCCCGAAUAUAAUAAUCCUGAAUGUAAUAAUCUCGAAUUAGUGAUCUCGAAUUAA